AUCUGUCAACUCUCCUCUCCCUCACACGCGCAAUGCACACUCUCUCUGUCUUGUUUCCUUUAUUAAUAAUCUUCAAAAAAGAACAAAAAAAAAAAUCACUUUCUUCUUCACUCUCAAGUCUCAACGCCUGGGAUUCCUAUAUAAACAAGAAAAGAAUGAAGAAAGACUCUCUUAAGUCUUGCAUUUGAUUGGGAUGCUAUUUUUUUUUUUUUAAUGGUAACGAUAGCGAAUAUAUCUUCUCUCCGUGGUGCUUUGAUGAGUAGGCUGCGAUGUUUUCGUUUAUGAGUGGUUUAAAGACUCUGCAAGUAAACGGGAUGGAGAAGAAGACUGAGUAUUUUUAAUUGACCAGAUUAGGGUGGUGCUUUGUUUUUCUUUUUUUUUUCUUUUUACUUUCUUUUACUUUUCUUGAUCGUUUUCUGACUCUGAAUAUUUUAGAGAGAAAUAAAAAAAACGCAAGAGGCUGAGAAGGGUUGCCUCAGAUCCAGGGAACUCAGGUAAUAUGUGCUAAAGGGUAGUGACUUUUUUAGGGUUUUCUUGUGAUUCUUGAGACAUCAACUUUCUUGGGGUUCUUUCACAUGACACUUUUUUUCUCCUUCUUUCUUGUGUUUAAAGAUAAGGCGUUUACUCCAACCUCUAUUUGAUUUUUCUGUUUUUUCUUUUUUUUGUAGAUUUUAAAUAUAUUUUCUGCUUUUUCCUUUCUCUUAGCUGUAUAGUUGAUGGGGGAAAAGAUAAAGAAAAGUCCAGAGGAGAAGUUGGAGAGACUACUCAGGUCGAACCUAUCUAUUUUGGUCUACAAAUGGCACUCUGGAUCUGUUCUUGUUGACCAGAUCUGACUACCUCAUAUCGUUUUCACAACCUUUUUCUGCCUCACCAAUAAGUUCCUUCCCCUGAGUUUGCCUCUUCUUUUGGUUCAUAUAUAUCGUGCUUUUAAGGCAUGGAAAAUGGUCUCUUGAAACCCAUGCUUCACAGUCCAAUAUUAUUCUUCAUUAGAGACGGCCAUAAAAUUAGCUGAACAAUGACAGGUUCUUUAAUUCUUGGGAGUUCGGAGGGUCAAUUUUUGUACUACCCGGAUAAGGAUUUUGAUGGAGGAGAUGUCUCCGGCGGUUGGAGUGCCAUUUCAAGUAGGUAAUCCAGUCUGUGAUAACCCCAGCUUAGCUAUUCGUAUUGGUUUCACAGGACUGAAGCUCAUGGGGGAUACAGAUGGUUUGUCAUCUAAGGUUUCUGCUCAGUCUACUUCUGGUGAAGAUGAAGAUUGUGAUUGUAGUAACUUGGAGAGUGAAGUUAGUGCAUUAGUGGUGCCUGUACAAGAAGAGACCCCUAAGAUUGGUGCUCCUCUGUUGGAUAUAGUAUUGGAAGAUAAAGGCACUUGGGUUGACACCGAUGAUUUGAUAAAAGAAAGUGAGGAGGAUGAUUCUUUAAUAUUGGAGGGUGAUCAGAUUCUUGAUAGUUCUUGUUCACUUUCAGUGGCAAGUGAAACUAGCAGCUUAUGCGGGGAGGAUUUAUUGCUUCUCGAUGCAGCUUCUGAUUUAGGAAUAGCUAAUGCUGUAGAGAAUGAGAAGACCAUUUCCAGUUUAGUUAUUACUGCUAACAACAGUGAUUUUCAUGAGUCGAAUAUCGGUCAGGGGAAUGUGACUGAUCCUCUUUCUAUGGCAAUAGACCUUGAGGGAAUUGGAGAUGGAUCCAAACCCAAGCCAUCUGCAGUUGCUCUUCAAUUGGCUUCAAGUGGAACGGUUGGACGAAGUGUAUUUGAGGUGGAAUAUAGUCCCCUGUGGGGAUUUACAUCCGUAUGUGGAAGAAGACCAGAGAUGGAAGAUGCAGUUGCAGCAGUAACUCAGUUUAUGAAAAUUCCCAUUCAAAUGCUUAUUGACGAUUUGUUAUUAGAUGGCACAGGAAAUUGUUACGCGGACCAAACUGCUCAUUUCUUUGGUGUUUAUGAUGGGCAUGGAGGUUCGCAGGUUGCAAACUACUGUCGUGAUCGGGUCCAUUGUGCUUUGGCGGAGGAAAUGGAGUCUGUUAAGGAAUGCCUGAGUGAUGGAAGUAUUAAGGAUAGUUGCCAAGAGCAGUGGAGAAGGGCAUUUACUAACUGUUUUGUUAAGGUAGAUGCUGAAGUUGGAGGAACAGCUAAUCUCGAACCUGUUGCCCCAGAAACUGUUGGCUCUACUGCUGUUGUUGCAAUUAUAUGCUCUUCCCAUAUUAUUGUGGCAAACUGUGGAGACUCAAGGGCCGUUCUAUUUCGUGGGAAAGAACCAAUGGCACUAUCUGUGGAUCAUAAACCGAAUCGAGAAGAUGAAUAUGCAAGAAUUGAAGCUGCCGGAGGGAGAGUUAUUCAGUGGAACGGGCACCGUGUUUUUGGAGUUCUUGCAAUGUCAAGAUCUAUUGGUGAUAGAUAUCUUAAGCCAUGGAUCAUUCCAGAUCCCGAAGUGACAUUUAUUCCUAGAGCGAAAGAAGAUGAAUGCCUCAUUCUUGCUAGUGAUGGUUUGUGGGAUGUGAUGUCAAAUGAAGAGGCAUGUGAUUUGGCACGAAAACGUAUACUUCUCUGGCACAAAAAGAACAGUGUUAGCCUUCCCUCAGAAAGGGAUAAAGGCAAUGAAAUGGAUCCUGCUGCUCAAGCUGCUGCUGAGUACCUAUCAAAUCGAGCUCUCCAGAAGGGAAGUAAAGAUAACAUUACCGUGAUUGUGGUGGACUUGAAAGCUCAAAGGAAAUUCAAGAACAGAACAUGAUCUUCUCUAGCCUUUCUAGCUAAUUCUUGUACUAUACGCUGUGAUCUGAUAUUAGUAUUUGCCCAUUUGUUUUUCCCAUGGGCUUAUUCAUGCCUGUAUGUAUUUUUUAGAGAGUAAAGAACUGCUGCAACUUUGCAAGAAGUUGUUAUUGAUUCAAGUGAUUACAGCAUUGCCAA